AUGCUUGCUCUCGCGAUGCUGGCAGGCAGCCAGCCGGCCGCCUCCUGCGAUCGGCCGCUGAGAGCUUGCUACGAUGCCAUGGGCGGGCAAAGCUGGAAAAACGCGGCGGGGCGGUCGUGGCUCGACGCCAAUAUUCCGUGCUGCGAGAAGGCGUUUGUCACCUGUCACAAGGAAAAGGAGGAAAUUCGCACGAUCGCGUGGCGGAGCAUAGCGGGCCUGAUGGGCACCAUCCCGCCGCAGCUUGGUCUCCUCACGAGCCUCGAGGAGAUCAACGAGAUCGACCUCGAAGAGAGCUACAACUGCGGCAAGAAGAGCAAAGAUUGGAAGAGGGAGAACUGCAAGGGCUUCUCGGGCACCAUCCCGCCCGAGAUAGGGAUGGCAACAAAGCUGGAGGCGCCGGCCCUAGAUCAGUAG